AAUUAUUAUAUUUCUAAUAUUUUUAUCUUCGGUUAAUGCAUAUAGUAACAGACAACGUAAAUGGCAACACUUCAAUUGAUUUCAUGACUUUAGUGACUUUUCUACAACUCGGCCAUUUUUGCCGCGACAGUUAACCAACAUGUCGCACAGGAAAUUCUCGGCACCUCGCCAUGGGUCCAUGGGAUUCUAUCCCAAGAAAAGGUCCCGUCGUCAUCGUGGUAAGGUUAAGGCCUUCCCCAAGGAUGAUGCCAGCAAGCCGGUACAUCUUACAGCCUUCAUUGGUUAUAAGGCUGGUAUGACCCACGUGGUCCGUGAACCCGACCGUCCUGGUUCAAAGAUUAACAAGAAGGAGAUUGUGGAGGCUGUGACAAUCAUUGAAACUCCUCCGAUGGUCUGUGUUGGUGUUGUCGGUUACAUCGAGACUCCACAUGGUCUCCGCGCUCUCCUGACGGUUUGGGCUGAACAUAUGUCCGAGGACUGCCGUCGUCGCUUCUACAAGAACUGGUAUAAGUGUAAGAAGAAGGCCUUCACCAAGUCCAGCAAGAAAUGGCAGGAUGAGCUUGGACGUAAAUCCAUUGAAAAGGACUUCAAGAAAAUGAUCCGUUACUGUAGUGUAAUCAGAGUUAUUGCACACACUCAAAUGAAGCUGUUGAAGCAGCGUCAAAAGAAGGCCCAUAUCAUGGAAAUCCAAGUUAACGGUGGGUCUAUUGAAGACAAAGUUAAUUGGGCCAGAGAACAUUUGGAGAAGCCUAUUCCAAUUGACUCUGUUUUUGCUCAGGAUGAGAUGAUUGACUGCAUCGGUGUGACUAAAGGAAAGGGAUACAAAGGUGUCACCUCCCGUUGGCACACAAAGAAGUUGCCGCGUAAGACCCACAAGGGUCUGCGUAAGGUCGCUUGUAUUGGAGCGUGGCAUCCCUCAAGAGUUUCAUUCACUGUGGCUCGUGCUGGUCAAAAGGGCUAUCACCACCGCACUGAAAUGAACAAGAAGAUCUACAGAAUUGGACAAGGUAUUCACACCAAGGACGGAAAGGUCAUUAAAAACAAUGCAUCCACUGAAUAUGACUUGUCAGAGAAGUCUAUUACACCUAUGGGUGGUUUCCCUCACUAUGGAGAAGUUAACAAUGACUUCAUCAUGAUCAAGGGUUGCUGCAUGGGUCCCAAGAAGCGCGUUAUCACCUUAAGAAAAUCACUCCGCGUCCACACGAAGAGGGCAGCUCUUGAGAAGAUCAACCUCAAGUUCAUUGACACCGCGUCUAAGUUUGGUCACGGUCGCUUCCAGACGCCGGCUGACAAGGCCGCGUUCAUGGGCACGCUCAAGAAGGAUCGCGUUCGCGAAGAUGCCGCCAAUGCAGCUGCACCGGCUGCAGCUCAGUCUUAGACUGCUGGGCUUAUAAAUAAAGUUGUAAUAUAA